AUGGCUGCGUCUCCGGAGGGGUCAGUGGUGAGCGCCGGGCUGGACGAGAGCCCCACAGGGCUGAGCCCGGCCCCGGGCAAGGCGCUGAGCCCGGUGCUGCUGUGCAAGGUGUGCGGGGACACCAGCAGUGGGAAGCACUACGGCAUCUACGCCUGCAACGGCUGCAGUGGCUUCUUCAAGCGCAGCGUCCGCAGGAAGCUCAUCUACAGGUGCCAGGCGGGAACGGGGCUGUGCCCGGUGGACAAGGCACACCGCAACCAGUGCCAGGCCUGCCGGCUCAAGAAGUGCCUGCAGGCUGGCAUGAACAAGGACGCCGUGCAGAAUGAGCGUCAGCCCCGCAGCACGGCCCAGGUCCGGCUGGACAGCAUUGAACUGGAUGCUGAGCUGCCCCCAGAGCACAUGGCCACCACACGUGAGGUGCCUCCAUCACCCUGUCCUGCUCCUCGUGGUCCCAGUGCCACUGUCACCGUCACCCCGGGUCCCCGGGCACCCACACCACCCACCAACCAUCGCUUCAUGGCCAGCCUGAUGACGGCCGAGACCUGCGCCAAGCUGGAGCCCGAGGAUGCUGAUGAGACGGUGGAUGUGACGGGCAGUGAGCCGGAGCGGGCGGCUGGUGAGUACCAGGUGGCACCAUACCCGGCAGCCAGCCCUGAGAACAUCUACGAGACCUCUGCACGGCUCCUCUUCAUGGCUGUGAAGUGGGCCAAGAACCUGCCUGUCUUCUCCAACCUGCCCUUCCGUGACCAGGUGAUCCUGCUGGAGGAAGCAUGGAGUGAGCUGUUCCUGCUCUGCGCCAUCCAGUGGUCCAUGCCCCUGGAGAGCUGCCCACUGCUGGCUGUCCCCGAGCCGGCCCCUGGGAAGCUGCUGCCGGCUGCCCUGGAUGUCCGAGCACUGCAGGAGACCCUCGGCCGCUUCAAGGCGCUGGCCGUCGACCCCACCGAGUUUGCCUGCAUGAAGGCCGUGGUGCUCUUCAAACCAGAGACCCGUGGCCUGAAGGACCCUGAGCAGGUGGAGAACCUGCAGGACCAGUCACAGGUGAUGCUGGGCCAGCACAACCGUUCCCACUAUCCUGGGCAACCCGUCAGGUUCGGGAAGCUGCUGCUGCUCCUCCCGGCGCUGCGCUUCAUCUCCUCAGAGCGUGUGGAGCUGCUCUUCUUCCGCCGGACCAUUGGCAACACCCCCAUGGAGAAGCUGCUGUGUGACAUGUUCAAGAACUGACCCUCCCACCCUGCUGCCACCUGGCUUGUUCGUCCCCUGGCACGGGCACCCUC